GUUAGAACCAACACCGGUGGUCCUAAAAGUCACGGAUUAUUACUGAAAUUAUGGUGUGAAUAGUGUAUUAGUUUCAUUCAAACAUAUUUUUCGCAAAAUGUCAAGUUGGAGGAUUAGGUUCCACGAUAAGUGGCCUCACAUGUCUUCCCUCUACUCUGGAGGAUCAACCAGGGAAGAUGAGGAUGAGAAGUACAUGGAACAAGUGACUGUGUUUGACAAUGUUUACGAGAAUCCAUCGGAGCCCUACGGCGCCUAUAAAUUCUAUAUGGCGCCACGGGAGGAGUUUGUCAUUCAAUCCGAACCGCACCUCUAUCCUGCCAGAGCCAUGUACAAAGAGGACGAUGAGAGGACAUCCGGUUACGCUACAAGUGGCGGAUCCAGUACUUUCAGAGAUGGAUCGACGCGGAGAAUAUUACUCUGUGUUUUUCUUAUAUUUCUACUUAUUGGUGCAAUAAUAGCCGCAGUUACUAUGGCUGUGUUAAUUUCCCACCAGAGAAAGACAAAACCAUUGAAACCAGAUUCACAACAACAGAGAGUGUUGGAGUCGAACAUCAGAAUUGCCAAUAGAACAUAUAUACCAGAAUAUAGUGAUCCAAACAGUAAAGGGUACCAAAUACUAGAGGCAGAAUUUUGUGAGGCAAUUGAUGCAAUGUUCCUACGUGGUGAUUCUCCAAUGAAAGAUAACUACAAAGGUUGCAAAGUCUUAAGUUUUAGGUAUGGAAGUGUUAUAGCCCGAUACUUGUUGACUUUCAUCUUGAAUGAUAAGAAACCUGUCGGAACAGUGGUUGACGAAGUAGAAAACUUUUUAAAAGAAACUAUUCCAAAAAAAGGCAUAUGGAAUCCAUUGUUGCUUGACGGAAAAAUUGUGAAUUUUUAUCCAGUGGAAAUUACAAAACUUGAUUCCACUGCAAGACCACCGGUAAUAAAAACAACACCAAGGGAUGUUGGUAAGAAGAUUGUUUCAGUUUCAAAAGGACCACCUGUGGAUGUAUCUAGGUCACCUCGAAUGGACUUGGAAAUAGAUUCCUCUACUGACUUGCCCAAAAUGACGACAAGGAAAGAGGAUUUAUCAAAAGUGUAUUCUUCCUUGGAGAAGGACAGAAGUGUAGAAAUUAAUAAGAUGUCUAGAUUGAGUGAGAGUAUUGAUAUACAAUACCCAUCUAAAAGUUCAAUUAUGUACAAAUCUGAAAUGCCAGCUUCUGUGUCCAGUUCCUCCAAAAUAUCGACGCCUAAUUUAGAUCUAUUGUUAACUGGGACUGUUGACAUUUUCGAUAAAUUUUUGUUAUCAGAUUCAAACCUUCAUCCAAUGUCGUCAGUAAAACACAAACUGGACGCUACAGCUACGACUGAUACAGGAGCUACUGUAUCCAGGGUUGUUAGGUUUGAUCCGUCUCUCCAGGCUGAAAUCGAUAGGGUAUUGGGUGCUCAUUUACCUUCUGCAUCACCUUUAUCGGAACAAUCUAUCGAUUUUUCAUCUUCUUUCGAAAUCGCACAACCUGACUUGAAAAUCUCGCAAACACCAUCUGUGUUGCACAUUGAAAGCACUGAGGAAGAUUUGUCGAGAACUGUCUUUAUAAGGCCAUCGCAAAUAAAACAUUCAUCAAUAACUGUCGAGCCUUUUACUGAUGAUUUCUUUGGAUUUCUCUUUCAAGGUUCACCAUCGUCCAGGAACCCAACCGACUUUCCUUCACGAUUUGAAAUUGGGGAUCCCCAUAAGAACACUGCGGAUAACCUAUUCUCAGAUGGCGGUUUCGGUGGAUUUUUAUUUCCACAACCUAAUAUCAGAGAACCAUCGGAAGGUAUUCUCCCACCAAAUAUUUUUAUGCUUCCUACACAAAGUGUGUAUAUGCCCGUUACAUCUAUAUACGAUGCUAAAGUGAGUAGCGAACAGAAAGGAUUUUCCGCAUUAGACUCGGAAAUAAGGAGUUCUCUGACAGCUAUGGAUUAUGAAAAGACAGUGGGCAAGUUACCUCCAAAUCAAUCGAUGCUUUCUUCACACAGUGAUUCUUUUACUUUAACCACUUCUAUGCAUGAAACACAAACGAGUCAAAGAUAUGCAGAGAUUAUUAAUUCGGAUUACCAAAGCCCAAGCUCUGUUUCAUCAAUUGAUUUGUUUAGGGAAACAAGCUCCAAAAUCGAUACAUCUUUAGAGAGUAGAUUAAAAACGGAUGGAUUUUUGAAAGUACAACUUUCAACAGAAUUGCGAAAUACUGACUUACCUAAAACGGAAUCGGUAACAUUUUCACAAACUAUCUCCCCAUCAGCUUCUGUUUUGCAAUCACAAGGUUCCUCUGAGAAAACAGUUACUCCUGCAUUUUCUGGUAUCAUAACGGACAUUCCUAUUGAUACUGAAUUACAAGGUGUAUUUGAUAAUUUUUACAAUGUGAAAAGUGAAAUUUCCCCGAUUGUUUCUAAGGAUUAUUCUUUAUUAUUAAAUGGGCCGGAGAAAACAUCAGCUGCCUCUGCAGGUCAAGAAGGUUUACUGACUGUGAUAAAUCGUUCUUUGUCUGGACAUCUCCAAUCAUCUGAGUUGGUUGUUUCGUCAUUUCAAUCAGAAUAUAUUAAUACGAAAAUAUUCAGUGACUCAACCUUAUCAAAGGACAAAUCUAAAAUUUUCUCAGCUACUAAGUAUGAAGACAAAUCUUUUACAAAGUCUCUUUUAUCCGCUGAUGAUUUUUUGCGAAAGAAAACUGAGGUAUUAUUUACUUCAUCAAAGGAAACGUCAGUUAAACUAAAAAAUUUAAACAUUGAUACCAUGCCAUCAACCAUAAUAUUAGAUAAGAUUGAUAUAUUGCCAACAUCAUCAGCGGAAUACAAAACUGAUGUAGAUGCCAGCAAUCAAAGAGCAUCUUCUGGACUAAAGCAAACUCCAUCCGAAAUGAACCUCAUUCUGAUGUCAGGUAGCAAAACUGAACAGCUGCAUUCUAUUACAUCUAUUUCUAGUUCUCAACAGAUUUUAUUACCUGUCGACAGCGGAAGUGGAUUGCCUUUUGAAGAUUAUGCGCAAAGUAGUUUGUUAAGUUUGCCAUUACUGGCAUCCCAAAUUGAAUCUGAGAGGAGUCUCAUCUCAAAGCCUUUAUAUUUAUCGCAAUCGACAAAAUUUACUGAUGUAGUCCCAUCCCAUGAAACUACCACUCCUAUGUUUUCUGAAAUGUUACCCGAAUCUGUGUUGGAAAAAGAAUUACAAAGUGUUUUCAAUAAAUUUGACAAUUUGAAGAGUAUCAUUUUACCGAUUGAUCAAACAGGUCUUACAAUAUCUUCAUCAAAACAGGAUAAAGCAUCAGUUAAUUUAAUGAGUGAGCAAGAGGUAGGGACGAUUGAUACAAUGAUGGAGUCAUCUGCAUUCGAGCUGUCAUCCUUUGCAUCUGGGGAUAGAAAAUCAGAAAUGCUUAGUGAUACAAUAGAUACAUCUGGUCUCUUCUCCACUUUCGGCCAUGUGGACAUUUCCUUGCAAUCUCAGUUUCACUCACAGAGUAUUCAAGAAACAAAACAUUUAUUCAGCACAUCAUAUUAUAUUUCAGAGACAUCAAACUUAUUUCACAUUGAUAACACACCAUUAGUUGUUCCUUCAAAGCAGAUACAAAAUUCGUUAAAUCUAAAAGCCACAGAUAAUCUUAUUUCAGAAACCAGUCUGUUUAAAACUGAAGAGUUUAAGCUUCAUUCAGAGGAAUGGAAGGAUUCUAGUCAAUUCUCCGUAAAGGAUGAUUCAUUUAUAUCUACGUCUCAUUCCGACUCACUUAUCCAUUCAACACAAGCAGUGCUAUUAGUUGAUUCAUCUUCAGUGAGUGAAGUUCAUCAAAAUACAGAACAGGGAUUAAAGUUAUCUGAAAUGUCCAUGUCAGCUCUCAAAUCACAAGUAAUAUCGAGGGACUUCUCCGAAAAAAUGCCAUCGGCAACUUUAACAGAACAGCUUUCAAGCAGUGAUGUUCAACAAAGAACGAACUUGGACUUUGUUCCAUCUGAAAUUUCUAUAUCUAGCAUCAAAUCACAAUCAAUUAAAUCCGAGAGCAUAUCAGGGUACGAACAAUUGUCAGAUCUAGGAGGUAUGCUUUGGUCAAUGAGUGAAGUUGAUCACAGUAGGAUUGGGCGAGAACAGUCUUCAACUAGUGCUGCUGUUCAUCAAAGUUCGGAAUUAGAUUUGAUUCCAUCUGAAAUACAAAUGUCAGAGAGAAAAUUACGAACAAUGAUAUUCGAUUCCUUUUCAAGAAGCUUAAGUUUACAACCGACAAGGCUAGGAGCUGAACAAUCUUCAAUGAGUGGUGCUCGUCAAAGUUCUACAUUGGACUUGAUGCCAUCCGAAAUUCGAACGUCGCAAGCGAUGAUAUCGGAAGUUGUUUCAGAGAACGUACAAUCAUUAGGACCUGAACAAUUACUGAUGAGCGAUGUUUAUCAAAGUGCGCAAUUAGACUUGAUGCGAUCUGAAAUGUCGACAAUUAACAUUAAAUCACAAUCAUUGAAACCAGAGAGCAGUUCAGAAUACGAACAAAAGUCCGCUCUAGGAACCAUACCUUUGUCAAUGAGUGAAGUUGUUCAAAGUACGCUUGGUUGGAUGAGGUCUGAAAUUACUAAGUCAAAUAUGAAAUCACAAACAUUUAAAACAGAGAACUUUUCAGAAAGACAAAAUUCAAUAUUGAAAGCUAAACAAACAUCACUCUAUGAUACCAUAUUUAAAAUGGAACCAUCUGAAUAUUCGAUACUAAAUAGCAUGUCAAAACCAAUAUAUAAGGACUUCUCAAGGAAAACCCAGAUGUUGAUGUUCGGAGAAGAGCAAUUCUCAACGAGUGGUGUUUAUCAAAGUACGAAAUUGGAAUUGAUGCCAUCUAUGAUUCAAAUGUCGGACAGAAAAUCACAAACAAUGAUAUUAGGAUCAAUGGAAUUUUCUGGACUAGGAACUGAAAAAUCUACAAUGAACGAUGCUCACCAAAGUUCCAUAUUUGACUUAACGCCAAUCGAAAUGCAAACCUCAAAUAGAAAAUCACAAGCAACGAUUCUGGAAAUUGCUUCAGAGAACGUACAACUGUCAACACUAGGAGCUGAACAAUCAUCAGUAAGUGAUGUUUAUCAAAGUACAGCACUGGGUGUAAUGCCGUCUAGAACAUUGUUUUCAGACAGGAAUUUGCAAGCAAUAAUAUCAAAGGACAAUUUGAAAAAAAUACAGCUGUCAACAUCUCAACAAUCUUUGAUGGGUAGUGUUCCAUUGGACUCGAUACCAUCUGAUAUACUCAUGUCCGAUAUCAAGUCUCAAACAAUUAACCUUGGAGAUGUUUCAGAGGUCAUGAGAUUGUCAAAGUCUGAACAAACCUUAGCGAGUAACAUUCAGUUAGGUACAGUACGUGGUGUGUCCUCUGAAAUUCCUAUAUCAUAUGUCACGUCACACACAAUGUUACACGAGUCCAUAUCAGAGAAUGUACAAGUGUCAGAUAAUGGAUUUAAACAAUUUUCAUUAAAUAAUUUUCAUCAAAGUUCAGUACUGAAUUUGAUUCCAUCUGAACAACAUUUGUCAGAUGUCAAAUCAGACGCAAUAAUAUCUGAAAACCUUUCGAAGAGCAUGGAAUUAUCUACGUUUGGGGCUGAACAAUCUUUACUAAGCGAUAUUCAGCAAGGUAAAUCAUUGGAAUUAAAUCCUUCUGGAGUUGCAAAGCCAGAUAUCAUCUCGCAGACAAUGGUAUCAAAUAUUUUGUCAGAGAAUGAAGUACGAGGUGUGGUGUCUUCUGGAAUUCCUAUGUCACAUGUCACGUCACGCACAGUGUUACAUGAGUCUAUAUCAAUGUCAGUGCAUGAAUUUGAACAAUCUGCAAUGAAUAAUCUUCAUCAAAGCUCAGUAUUGAAUUUGAUGCCAUCUGAACAACAUAUGUCAGAUGUCAAAUCACAAGUAAUAAUAUCUGAAAACCUUUCAAGGAACAUGGAGUUAUCGACGUUAAUACCUGAACAAUCUUUACUGAGCGAUAUUCAGCAAAGUACAUCAUUGGAAUUAAUGCCCUUUGAAGUUACAAAGCCAGAUAUGAUAUCACAAGCAAUCGUAUCAAAUGUUUUGUCAGAGAGUACAGUGCGAAGUGUGGUGUCCUCUGAAAUUCCUAUAUCACAUGUCACGUCAUACACAAUGCUACACGAGUCAGAGAAAGUACAAAUGUCAGUCCAUGAAUUUGAACAAUCUUCAAUGAAUAAUCUUCAUCAAAGUUCAGUACUGAAUUUGAUGCCAUCUGAACAACAAAUAUCAGAUGUCAAAUCACAAUUAAUAAUAUCUAAAAACCUCUCGAGGAGCAUGCCAUUAUCGACGUUAGUAGCCGAACAAUCUUUACAGAGUGAUAUUCAGCAAAGUACAACAUUUGAAUUAUUGCCCUCUAAAGUUGCAAUGCCAGAUGUCAUAUCACAGUCAAUCCUAUCAAAUAUUUUGUCGGAGAAAGCACACUUGUCUACAUAUAGAGCUGAGCAUUCGUUAGUGGGCAGUGUUCUUGAAAGCUUUGGAAGCACAACUGAUGAACUGCUAAAAGAUACAUUAAACAUUAUAACCCAACCAAGUAAUUCAUUGUUGAGUGAUUCUAAAAGAACAUCUCUUCAUUUAAAAUCUUCAGAUUCAUUUUAUACCUCAGUAAAAGACGCCGUAAAUUCUGAAGAGGUUGUUGAUGCUUCUGUGAUGACGGGACCAGAUAAAGAUUUUAAAACCAUGAUUUCUGACCCCUUAUCUUCUGUAGGUAUUCCUUCACACCUGACAAACAUAUUGGAUUCACAGUCUUCCAUGCUACAUAUUAGUGACGGCUUUACAAACAAAAUACUGACAAGUUCAAAUUACCUUGAACUAUUGAAUUCAGAUUUUUGGGGAUUAAACAGUAAUGUUAUUACAUCUGUUUCUUCAAGAACUGCAACAGGAAUUACUACAUCUCCCACUAUAUCCGUUCAAUUCUCUGAUCCUUUUACAAGGAGUUCAUCGUAUACAGCAUCACGUUUUCCUGAAAGUUUUAUUUUUGAAAGUGGAUUAGCACCAACAACAACAGCUUUGUCUUUUGCAACGGAUUCUGUGUUUAAUCCAGUACAACCAUUAGAAUCGGAAAUGUGGAGUUCGGAUGCAACCAUGAUAUCACCAACACAAGCUGAGUCUUUGAAUCCGUCACUAAUGAAUACUGAAAUUCAGAUGCCACUAGCUUUUGAUUCUUCUCAAAUCAUCCUUUCCUCUAUGAAAAAAGAAAAUGAUUCAUUUAGUUUAGAAUCCAGUCAAUUUGAUUCUUAUAUUACCACAAAUUUAACGAUGUUAGAUAUAUCACCAACGCAUAUGGCGUCAUAUUUACCAUCACUUAUGAAUAACGCAAUGCAGUCGGUGACACCACUCUCUUAUUAUCAUUCCCAAAACUUUCUGUUCGACGUGAGAGAUCAAAGCGAUUCAAAUUAUGCAUAUGAUUCUGGUAGAGCAACAAAUCCAACAACGGUAUAUGUAUCGCCAACACAAGUGGACUCUUACUUACCGUCAAUAAUGAGUAGUGAAAUUCAGUCUGAGAUGCCAAUAGAACAAACUACGCCUUAUGACCCUUCUCAAGACUUUCUUUUUGAUACGAAUGAAACUAAUGAUUCUCUUAAUUUGGGUCCACAGGUGAUAAACCCUAACACAACCGAUAUUUUAAUAAAUUCACCACCGUAUUUUGAUGGUUCUAGUGUUAUUUUUACAACGAUUGAAAAAAGUGCUCAAUCAGGUUUGCAUGUAUUAACCACUCAAAGCAGCUCACUUGAACAUUCAAAUGCAUCACAGAUUUACAUUGAUAACGUUUCUAGUAUUUCUGAUAUGGAAUCAAGUAAUGAAUUCCUGAAACAUAAUAAAAGUGAUAAGACUGUUCAAAAUAUAUCAGUGAAUGGUUCAUCUGAGCUCUUCGAGAGUUCACCUAAUGGUGUAAGAGAUUCUUUCCAGGGAUCUAGCAUUUCAACUACCCUUAGUAUUAAACCUUCUACCACAGUGUGGACUUCAACCAGUUUUCCAUCAUUGGUGCAAGGCAGUUCUUCAUCCAAUCUACAUGUUACUGACUUGACAUAUGUAGAGUCGCUCUUUGACCAAACACUUACUACUGCUCCUCAUUCCAACAUACCGCCAAGCCUUUCAACAUACACUAACGAUAUUGUAGGUUCCAUUGAUGAAAGCCUUGUAAAAAACAAGGGCAUUACAAACUUUGUUUCAAUGCAUAGCUUGAAAGAAAAUGAUCAGGCUAUUCAUGCGCUGAGCUCCUUUAAAUCAUUAUACGUGUCAGAUUCACAGACAAAUAGGAAUGAGAGAAUAAUGAAUAAAGAAUCCUCAGACUCUGUAGCAUACCCAGUUCUUCGUAGUCGGAAUGAUAAUGUGGUAACAGAAGCUUUGGUGCCAUCAUUUACCUCGGAUUAUUCAUCCAAACACACACAUGAAAGUAACAUAGCGAUCGAAACUCUGUCGCCGUUUUCUGUUCACGACAUACUAUAUCCACACGAACACUUUUCUUUGGAAAAUUUGAGGUCAAGCUAUACCGAUUAUAUUGAUGAUUCUUACUUUGAAAUUAGUCUAAAUCUAGAGUCUUUAACCCAGUUAUCAGUAAAUAUAGAAAAUGACCGGUCUUCAGAUGUUUCAAGCAAUGUAUUUAAUUUAGAAUUACAAACAAUAUUUAGCCCGUCACAGUUUUCAGGUUACGAAUAUCAAGAACAAACAAUAGGAAAGCUUUCGACAAAAACUCCAAGUUCAGUCACAUCCAUUGGCACAUUUGCUAUGAAAUCCUCGAUUAGUAAGUUUUCUACUAAUGAAGUAUCUAAAUCUUCAUUCUUUUCAAAAAUCAUUUCUUCGAAUUCAGACCAGAAAUUUACUGCUACACCUGUGGAAAAUGUCUUUAAAUUUGAUAGUCCAACACCUCAUGUAAAUGAAAUGCACCGUUCUUCAAUGCCGUUUACUCCACUUUUGCAAACUGACAUAUCUAACAUAAACAUUCAUACACGCCUAUCAGAGUAUACAAGAUCUAGCUUCUUAGAAAAUUCAAGUGGCAUUUAUCCUUCUUUAAUUGAUAAAUCUCCUUCAGAAACAAUUCAAAAAUCGUCACCUUUUUAUCGUUCAACAAAAUCUACGCCUUUUACUUCUAAAUCAUCAAAUACAGAAACAUCUCCGAUAAGUUCUUUUAAGAAAGUUGAUGCUACAGCAGAUAACGUAGAAUUCAUGAACUCAUCUUCUCUAGAUUUAGGAAAUAAACUAAUCACCAAAACUUCCUCAAGUUUUGCUCAAAAUACCAUAUUUCAAACUCUAACAGAUCUUUUCCGUUCAGAGCAUUUAUCCCAAUUUCCACAAAAUCUUGAUCCUUUAUUGUCUUCCCAUGAGAAAACAGAACAUUUAUUUAGAAGUAACCAUGCAACACAAUUUUCAAACUCUUUACUGAAUUCAAAUUCCAAUAAAAUGCAGACGAAUACAUCAGCUUUUGAAUCUUCAGAGAGAAAUCCCGUCAGGCAAUGGGAGAAUACAAUUCCCGAAAACAAAGUUAUAAAUACAGUAACCGGAGAGCGUUUGCAUCUUGCGACCUCUACAUAUAUUUCUAUAUCUUCUUUAUUUGAUAUGUCUGAUUCUGAAAAUAAGAAUUUACCGUUUAGCCAAAAUGAAACAGACGUAGGAACACUUAUCAUUUCGUCUGAUGUGAAAUCGUCCAAAAAAAGUAAGAGCCAUUCUUCUAGAGACCAUUAUUUAUUUACUGCCGCUAACGAUUACGACUACUAUGCCACUGAUCUGGACUUUGUUACUGAUAAUAUUGACGUCACCGUAACCAGUUCUGUCGAGUCGUCGACUAUUGCACCUUCUCCGACAAAGUCGGAUAGUUUAAGAUUUAGCACCCUGUCUGCACCUUUAAAUCCUUAUCUUCUGAGUCAAAAUUCAUAUAGAAGCGUGAGUAGUCUAAGAACUACACAAAAUGUGGGAGAAAUGGGUAGUUUGGGGUCACUGGUAAGAGGAGUACCUAUUAUUUUGCCCGAUACAACAGAGUCUAGAGAAACACAAAAGGAUAGACAUAUUUCUUCAAAUAACUCCCCUCCACAAAACAAUGCAAUCAUCAGCACUCAAAGCUACCUUAAAAGUCCUAGUCAUAUUCAUUCUUCUCAAACGACACAAAUUAUAUCCUCCCUUCAAAGAUUUCCACAAAUUGACGUCACGAUGACGACGCCACUAAUAACUAAAACUGAACAACAUCUGACUUCAUCGAUAAUUCCAAUAUUCCCAGAUGAUCCGUUUGCCGGGUUUUUUGGUUCUGGGCCUGCCAUACCACAAUGGGUCCUUGAUAUGCUGGGUAGCGUACAUGAGUCACCUAAAUCAUCAGUCAAUCAUUUUUUCAGACAUUGA